AUCUCUUUGUCUUGAGCAGUAAAAAUCGCAACAUGAGUUUCAGCGGCUGGAAGCGUUAUAUUGAGGAAGGUGACAUGGUCAUCUUGUAUAUUACGCGAGACAAUAUGAGUGCGAUCACUGUUAAGCGAGGCGAACAAUUCAAUAAUCGCUUUGGUAUCUUCAAGCAUGACGAUAUGAUUGGCAAGGAAUUCGGCUCCAAGGUAUGAUCAGCUAAUAGAUUUGUAGUCACUUUUACUACUGUGCUGAUAGUUUGAACGAUAGAUGGUGUCCAGCAACUACAAAGGAUUUAUUUACUUGCUCCAUCCUACACCUGAACUGUGGACACUCGUAUUACCGCACCGUACGCAAAUUUUGUAUAUUGCCGAUAUAUCCUUUAUCAGUACCUACCUCGAUAUGAAGCCUGGUGCUCGAGUGAUUGAGUCCGGUACUGGCAGUGGAUCGUUUUCCCAUUCAAUUGCUCGUACGAUUGCCCCUACGGGAAAGCUGUUCUCCUUCGAGUAUCAUGCGGAACGAGCUACAUUGGCAGCACAAGAGUUUAAAGAGCAUGGAUUCGGUGAUAUUAUCCAGUUACAGCAGAGAGACGUUUGCAAAGAUGGCUUUGGAUUGAAGGAUGAAGUGAAUGCAGUGUUUCUUGAUCUACCCGCGCCAUGGGAAGCCAUUGGUUCUGCCAAGGCCGCCUUCAAACAGCAUCGUACGGGAAAAAUCUGUACAUUCAGUCCUUGCAUUGAACAAGUGUCUCGGUCAGUAAAAGCAUUGUAUGAACAUGGUUUUGUUGAUAUUACGAUGUAUGAAUGUUUGAUUCGCAAUCACAAUGUCACUCCGUUACAGAAACUGACAUUCACGGAAGCGAUUGAGCAAGCAAAGAAAAAUGUAAAUUACAAGAGUCUUGCCGGUCCGGCCGAGAAGCGAAAACGCAAUGACGAUAUUGAUCUUGAUAACACCAUCACUCAAAUGCUCGUAUCCAAGACACCAGUGGAUACCCGUGGACACACCAGCUACCUGACCUUUGCUACCUUUUUGCCCUCUCUCGAAACCAAUACCGCCAAUUCACCGGAAGAAAUAGUCGUAACCUCUGUUGAGAAACAGGAAUAAGCAUCAUCAGAAAAAGAAUGUAUUAUACAUUGCCGCCAUCUUCAACUCAGCAUCAAAUAAUAGAACUGCAUCUUGCGCUUACAUCACGCUCAUUUACUAUUUCGACGCACCACGGUAGACUUGGGAAAUCAUAAAAUUUAGUAAUAUCAGAUUCUUGGAUUGGAAAGUGGUACAUCGAUAACUUUAUCUGUUAUCCAUUUUCUAUCAUGGAUUAUCUGUUUUUGAAUAAAGGGAGAGCUUCUCAGCUGUAGUCCGACUGUGAUGGCCAUCGCCUAAUCAUUUUGUUGUCUGGCCAUCUUUUGUCUCUUUGAGAUAUUCUGCCAAACGAGUACCCCACAUUAGAUCCCUCAUCCGCUAUUUUAAAAGCAUUUAUGGUAGUGCUGUGUUAUGGGCAAAGGAUACAGGUUGUGUCAGGGGCAGAAGCG